GUUUGCUUCUUGCCAGGAAAUCCGCGGCGGCGGCGGCGGUUCCCCGCGCAGCGGAGGCCGCCUGGCUCCCGGCUCCCUCGGCGGGCCGCGGCUCGCGGAGCCGGCGCUGGGCUGCGGCGCCGGCAGCCGGCGCGCGCCCCGGGCGGCCGCGCUUUCCCGAAAAUCCUCGGUUUGAGUCAAAUGCAUCGCCGUCAGUGAAGAAAACCACACCCGACGUGGAAGGCUACCGUAUGAAGAGACGGAAACGGCUCUGGUUGGUUCAGGAUGGGAACGGCGAGUGACGAGAUGGUGUCUGUGGAGCAGACCUCUUCCUCCUCCUUCAACCCCCUGUGUUUCGAGUGCGGCCAGCAGCACUGGACGAGGGAGAACCAUCUCUACAAUUACCAGAACGAAGUGGAUGACGAUCUGGUCUGCCAUAUUUGCCUUCAGCCUCUGUUGCAGCCCCUGGACACCCCCUGUGGACACACGUUCUGCUGCAAGUGCCUCAGAAACUUCUUACAGGAGAAGGAUUUCUGUCCCCUGGACCGGAAGAGACUCCACUUCAAGUUGUGUAAGAAGUCUAGUAUCCUAGUUCAUAAGCUGCUGGACAAGCUGUUAGUGUCCUGUCCGUUUUCUUCGGUGUGCCGGGACGUGGUGCAGCGCUGUGACCUGGAGGCGCACCUUAAAAACAGGUGUCCUGGAGCUUCUCAUCGGAGACUUGCCCUGGAGACGAGGAAAACCGGUAAAACGCAGACAGAGGCUGAGAAUGAGAAUGGACCCGCUAGAAUAGACCCUCCAGGUACUUUCUCCCCUGAGACGGACUGUCCAGGGUCGGGCACGGCGCCCGCUGAGCGGAACGUGACACCGGCGUCCCUUCCCGCGUGGACAGAGGAACCUGGCCUGGACAACCCCGCCUUCGAGGAAAAUGCAGCUGCUGACACUACCCAACAGCCACUUAGUUUACCAGAAGGCGAAAUUACCACGAUUGAAAUUCACCGGUCUAAUCCUUAUAUUCAGUUAGGAAUUAGCAUUGUGGGCGGCAAUGAAACCCCACUGAUUAACAUUGUUAUCCAGGAAGUCUACCGGGAUGGAAUAAUAGCGAGAGACGGAAGACUCCUUGCUGGAGACCAGAUUCUUCAGGUCAACAACUGCAAUAUCAGCAAUGUGUCCCACAACUACGCCAGGGCAGUCCUCUCCCAGCCCUGUAGCACGCUGCACCUCACCGUGCUGCGCGAGAGGCGCUUUGGGAACCGGACUCACGGCCACGUGGACGGCACCUGUCCCCGGGAAGAGAUCUUCCACGUGGUCCUUCACAAGCGGGACUCUGGGGAGCAGCUGGGCAUCAAGCUCGUACGGAGGACGGACGAGCCAGGCGUUUUCAUCCUUGACCUGUUGGAGGGGGGUCUGGCUGCGCAGGACGGACGGCUGAGCAGUAACGACCGAGUGCUUGCCAUCAACAGCCAUGACCUGAAGCACGGGACACCCGAGCUCGCCGCCCAGAUCAUUCAGGCUAGCGGAGAGAGGGUGGACUUAACGAUUGCCAGAGUGGGGAAAUCCCAGCCCGGGAACCCUGUCCGAGACCCAGGAGCUCAGAGUAGCAGCCAGCCUCACGUACAGCCUCUGUAUCACAACAGGCCCAGCUCACAUAAGGAUCUGACCCAGUGUGUGACGUGCCAAGAGAAACACAUUACGGUGAAGAAGGAGCCACAUGAAUCCCUUGGGAUGACGGUAGCUGGGGGCAGAGGCAGUAAGAGUGGCGAGCUGCCCAUCUUCGUGACCAGCGUGCCCCCUCACGGCUGCCUGGCACGCGACGGCCGCAUCAAGAGAGGCGACGUGUUGCUGAAUAUCAAUGGCAUCGAUCUGACCAAUCUGAGUCACAGUGAGGCUGUGGCCAUGCUGAAAGCCAGUGCUGCGUCCCCCGCUGUUGUCCUGAAAGCCCUUGAGGUCCAGGUUGUGGAGGACGCCACGCAGGCCACGGAAGAGCAGCCGAGCGCCUUCAGCGAGAACGAGUAUGACGCCAGUUGGUCCCCGUCGUGGGUCAUGUGGCUCGGGCUUCCAAGCUCCCUUCAUAGCUGCCACGACAUCGUUUUACGAAGAAGCUACUUGGGAAGUUGGGGCUUUAGUAUUGUUGGUGGAUAUGAAGAGAACCACACCAAUCAGCCUUUCUUCAUUAAAACCAUUGUGUUGGGAACUCCUGCUUAUUAUGAUGGAAGAUUGAAAUGUGGCGAUAUGAUCGUGGCCGUCAAUGGCCUGUCGACUGUGGGCAUGAGCCACUCCGCACUGGUCCCCAUGUUGAAGGAGCAGAGAAGCAAGGUCACUCUGACCGUGAUCUGCUGGCCGGGCAGCCUGGUGUAGGGCUCGCGGCCAACGCCUUCCUCGUUUGGGCCUCGGAAAGAAACCCCCUCGUCAUGUCAUGUUUGUGGCUGGGAGCUCCUGACGCAGCUGGUGUCCACUGGGCCCCAAACCAUGGAGAUUGUCCUUUCGUUAUUAUUUCAAUGGCUUUCCUCAAGUUAGCCGCAUCUCCCUUAGCCUGCAAAGUCUUUCCCUGACCCUGGUAAUAGGUUCGCAUUUUUAGAAUUCGGACCCUCCAUUGUCAGAAUGUGAGCUGAAGUAACGUACGAGGCCUCCCAGACUGUGACCCGGCCAGCUGGAUGGGAGGCCUCGUGGCACCGGCUCGGUCUCAGUCACCGACUCGCGAAUGAGGCCCACGCGCCCCUACCCCGGAAUCGGGGAAGCCAGUGGCAGGAGUGCCUGCUGUCCCUGGCGUCAUCAGAGUGUCACGAAUGGAUCCAUUUUAAAUUGAGGUGGUACCCCUCCCCCAUCUUCCCCUUCGGUGCCAACAUUUCAGAACGUCAUGCUGUCGAUAAAGUGAUUUUUCUGGCUGACUUUAUUUCGACUUUAAUCUCUCAGUACUCGUAGAUGAUGAAGACAGAAGUCUGACACUUUCUACAAAAUAAUGUUCCAGGAAUCAGAAUACUAGAUAAUAAAAGAUCACAUUUUCCAGGGACAAAGGAAUUUGGGAGGUAAUUACAGUUCCGUGUAAAAGCUGCACUUACUUGAAGAAGUCCAGGAGCAUUAAAGAUUCAUUUCCAAAGGAAUGUUUUGUUCUGCAGGAAUAUUUUGAAGCGUUUUUUUGAUGAAAUUCAUUUUCUAGCAUUUGUAUUGUACUCCUCAGCAGUCUUGAUGGGACAUGGUUUCUGUGAUUUAUGCAGUCAAAAUAGAUAAAGAUGAGACCAUGUUGUACUCGAUCUACAUUCGUAUAUAUCACAAGUCCAUGUAGAAGGCAUACUAGCUUAAUUUCAUUCUCAGACGAGCUUUCAGUGUGUUAGACACUCUGAUUCCCCGCCCCCCCCCCCAUUAUUUCUCGUGAACGUACCUAUUUCAGGAAAAAGACUGAAAAGUCCCGGAGUUUUAUCGAAAAUAGCGGGUUUUAGAUGUGUAGUAUCUUCCAGUCAGUUCUUGGUCAAUAGGCUAUUUCUGAUUUUUCUAGAUGUUUUUGAAAACUACGACCAACCCAUUUUGUUAGUCUUUCAUUCCACUGGGUUGUCCUUUGGAAGAACACCUAAAGAAGUGAAUAAGAUUAAAAUAUAUAUAUAUCUUUAUCAUAUUAAUAUGAUGCAUACUUGAAAAAAGUUUCACUUAGAAACCUAGUUCAGAACAUGAGCUCGUUUACAAGGGACCUCUGUAGUAAUAAAUGGUAUUGAUUAUCAGAGAAUGUAUUUCGAGAAUACUACGGUAGAUGACGAGUGUGACCACUUUACUUUCAAACUAGCAGUUGCAUCACUAGGACUUCUUGUGGCAGUCGCAUGUCCCUGUUUAUUCCCGUUAGCUUUUUAGUGAUUUUUUUAAACAGAUCUCUUUUGGAGAAAUAAAUGGCAACAAUAAUUGCUACUGAUUUGUUCAACCCUUUAGCUACACUGUAUGGUCGACAUAUAACCAAGAUACAGUGGCAUGGCCCAUGCAGUAUAUUACUGUUAUGUGAUGAUUGGCUUUUGAAGCAAUUUGGUAUUGAAAUGCUUUGAUAUUCUAAUUGACAUGGAACAAGUUGUGUUUUUUUUUCCUGCUCCCUAAGUGGAAUUUUAUAUCCUACUUUGCUAUUUUUUUAAACAUUUUGUAAGAACGCGUCAUUUCUUGGGGAGCGACCAUCCAUCAACAAAUCUCCUAAUGGCUACUUUGUUAUAUGUAAAAUAACUUACACUGAACCUGGGGAUAUAAUGAGUAUUUUGAAAGAAGACACUUUUUUCAACAUUAUUUUUUAUCAUGGAGAGCUCGGCCUCAGCUGAAGCCAAUUUGGUUUUCUUACAAAACGCGAUAGCUUUUGGUCAGAAUGGUAUUUGGUGAUGGAAACUUGUUCAUAAUUUAUGGUUACUGUUGACAUAUUUGAAUUUCCUCAGUUUAAGCCUAAAUAGUUCAAAUAUUUUGAUUUGUUCUGUGCCUUUAGUUUAAAUUAUUUCCGGAUUUUUUUCCCAAUGUGUUGAAAUACUGGUGUGAUAAUCAUUCAGGAUGGGAAUAAAAGUCAUCCUUUCCAUAAUA